CAACAGAAAUAUUCUUAUCGCAAUGUAAUAAGGUGAGAUGAGAUGAGAUAGAAUUUGGUUUGAAUAUUCAGUUGUGCGAAACAGAAGCGGCCGUUUGGUUGGAUCGGGCAUUUUACGGUUCAAGUGUUUUUGCAAAAACUCACAGAGAAAAAGUCUAUACUUUUUCUAAUAAUAACUGAACCAAAAAAAUAAUAUAUAGAAGAACCAGCUAAAAAUAAGAAUAUAUGAGUGUAACGUGAAACAAAGUGAGAAAUUUAUUUUGUUUAAUUUUGCCAAUAACUUAUAAAUAACGAAAAAAAUAUCCUUCAUAAAUAGAAAACAGAAAAUUCAGUUUACAUACAUUUUUUAAUAACGAAUGCAACCGAGUUUCAUUCACAAUUAAAAUGCUUGCGACGUCAAAGCGAAUUAGCUUCGUGUUUAUUGUUCUUUUUGCUUGUUCGAGGCUUGGCGCGGCAGAUCAGGAAGAAAAUGAUCCCUGCGAAACCGACGAUUAUAGAGGGGUAUGCUACACAGCUGGAAAUUGUCCACAUUUAAAGGAUGCAAUGACAGCGAUGGGCCUCAAUAGCACUUUCGUGGGGACUUGUGGAUUCACGGUUUUUGAAGAGAUCAUUUGUUGUCCAAAUGAAGUGAGUUUUAGAACAACAACUACUAAAUCGACGGAAUUCACCACGAUAUCAUCAAAAUCCAUACGCGAUUCGCUAAAGGGGCUUACGCCCGAGGAAAGUAAGCGGCGUAUCAAAGAGUUGAUGCGGGAAGCAAUGGGUGGAUUAGUACGACCGCCAAUGAAGAGCAAUGCCACAAGUUUGCGUUCAUCGGAACGCCCAGCUGAUCGUGCAUGCAAAGAAAUCGAAAAACAGCUAAUGCCCAGUCUGCAAGCGCAUGUACUUAACGGAACCGCGACCAAUUUCGGCGAGUAUCCGCACAUGGCGAGAAUUAUAUUCGACUCAGAUAGAUUGCGGUGUGGUGGCGUCUUAAUCGAUAAGCGUUUCGUGCUCACAGCUGCACAUUGCGUGCGCAACAAACAGGGAAAACCAAUCAAGGUUGUGUUGGGCGUAAGUGACUUUAAUGAUAAGACUCAGAUCGACUAUCGACAGGAUAUAGAUAUUAAACAAACCCAUUUACCGCAAAACUAUAGUGAGUUUAGCUUUUACGAUGAUAUUGCUUUGAUUGAAUUGGCCAGAGAUGCCGAGUUUAGCCAAGGCGUAUAUCCAACCUGUCUACACACCGACCAAAUGGAACUGCCUUAUGAUAUUGAUCUAAUUGUCACCGGUUUUGGCAUAACCGAAAAUAAAAAGGCCUCCGAUCGUUUAUUGGCGGCCAAUUUGACAUACAUACCCGUUUUAUUGUGCGAUCAAGGUUACGCUGAUGUCAAGGAUAUUCGUCUCAACCGCGGCAUCGUUGACACACAGCUCUGUGCCUUUUCACCGGAUAGCGAUGCUUGCCAGGGUGACUCUGGCGGUCCGAUACAUAUUGUCAAAGAUAAACAUUAUAAUAAUUAUCGUGUCGUUGGCGUAGUUUCAUUCGGCUUUGAGUGUGGUUCGGAGUUGCCGGGUGUGUAUACCAGAGUGUCGGAAUAUUUAGACUUUAUCGAAGCCGUUGUAUGGCCGGAUGGCUGAUUGCUGUGGCCAUGUAACAAAACUGUAUUAUAUAUAUUAUAUAAUUAGAUACGUUUUUAUGUUAUUAUUUUGUAAAAAUGUAGGAUU